AGUUUGUGAUUCACUGCAGUACUGCUCUAUUCCGGUGACGUAAUGUGAUACCUUCCUGAAGAUUAUUUGUCUUUACGGAGAUAUUUUCAGGCUUAUGUUUGUAAAGGAUUUGCAUCCAAAUAAACUGUUAAUUUCCCUAUUUGUUGUUUAAAUGAAUAAGUGCAACAUUCGAUCAUAAGUUUUAUUUUUAGAAAUUUAAAGGUCGCUAAAGCGCAUGUCAAAAAUUCGGCCAUCUUGGAAAAAAAGAGGAAAGGAAUUUUUCAUUGUUUUGUUUGAAAAGACAGUUAUUUUCUACACAUUUGAUGCGAAUUUCUUAUCUUCUGCAAAUGCAUGAAUGAAAUCUUGAAGGUGGAGUUCUACAUGGGUUAGGGUGUUGGAGAUAAUUUCUUAGAUGAUUAAAAAGAGAAAAUUCACAGCUGUUUGCCUGGAAGACGAUCUCAACUGAACCAGCAAAAUGCCCUCCCGUCCAGGGAGCCUGAAAGAUCCCGAGGUGGCGGGCUUGUUCUCAACAGACGACCCAGAAAAGCUGUUUGUUGAUCUCAGGGAGAUUGGUCAUGGGAGCUUUGGGGCAGUCUAUUUUGCUAAGAACACUGCUACAAGGGAAAUUGUUGCCAUUAAGAAAAUGUCAUACAGUGGGAAGCAGUCAGCAGAGAAAUGGCAAGAUAUAAUAAAAGAAGUGAAGUUUCUCCGUCAACUGAAACACAAACAUAUCAUUGAUUACAAGGGAUGUUACCUUCGAGAGCAUACAGCGUGGCUUGUUAUGGAAUACUGUUUAGGAUCAGCAUCGGAUAUUAUUGAAGUGCAUAAGAAGGCAUUAAAGGAGGUUGAGAUAGCUCAGAUAUGUCAUGAUGCACUACAAGGUCUCGUAUAUCUACAUAGUCAAAACAAGAUACAUCGAGAUGUUAAAGCUGGAAACAUAUUACUUACUGAAAAUGGCACUGUUAAAUUAGCUGAUUUUGGUUCAGCAUCACUGUCAUGUCCUGCCAAUUCCUUCGUGGGGACGCCAUAUUGGAUGGCCCCAGAGGUGAUACUUGCCAUGGAUGAGGGUCAGUAUGAUGGUAAAGCAGAUGUCUGGUCACUGGGCAUUAUGUGUAUAGAAUUAGCGGAGAGAAAACCACCACUUUUUAACAUGAAUGCAAUGAGCGCAUUGUAUCAUAUAGCGCAGAAUGACUCACCAACAUUGGCUGGUGGAGAAUGGUCUGAUGAUUUUAGAGCUUUUGUAGAUUCUUGUUUAGCAAAAAAUCCUGACGACAGACCUAACGCAGAACAAUUAUUAAGGCAUCCAUUUGUAAACCAGACAGAUGCACAAAAUGUGAUAUUAGACCUGAUACAGCGAACAAAAGACGCUGUACGGGAGUUAGAUAAUUUACAGUAUCGUAGAAUGAAGAAGAUAUUAAUGGCCGAGACACCAUCUGAAGAUCAACAAAGUCUGAACGGUCCAGAGGAAUUUUCCUCUGCUGAAAAUUCACAGGAUGAAGGGGCAGAUAGCAGUAAAUCAAACAGUUUGGUCAGUGAGCAGAGUACACAUAGCAAUAGCUGUGGUGUCUCAAACAGUAGUAGAAGUAGUAGUAUAAACAGUUUACAAGGUGCUACAAAUGAUGAAGUUAUUACGUUCUCCAGAGACAGAAGU